UCCAAGAUAAAGUAUGGAAGCUACUACUCACCUGCCAAUAUAGACGAUUUGACAUAACCUUUUGUGAGGCUUUCUUGAUAAAAGUAUCACUUUGAAUCUCAUCUCUAGAAACAAGCUCUACAUCUGAUCCACAAAGGAACCUUUGUGCCUAUAAAGUAGGGGAUAGAAUCUUUAGAGAACUUCUCCAAAUUAUCGAAGUGAAUAAGUCUCCUGAAGAGACAAGGACAUAUGAUAUCGUCCUAUCAGGUAUGCUUUAUUACUUAUUUUCCAUCAUCUGUUAUAGAUUCUAGAACAAUGAUAAAAGCUAAGAUGGAAAACUCUGCUUGAAGAGUAUUCCCAACACUCGAAAAGAACGAUAUUAUCAGAAUCAAUGUGGGGAAAUUUUGAGAAUACCAAAAUGAGAGAAUGUACAUUGAAGUCCAAAGCUUGGACAAAAUUUGUCAGACUCAAGAGAAGAUUGUAAAAAGACUCCAUGGUCUUGUAGAUUACACAAAAGGAGGGAGGAGACACAGCAUCAAUCCAAUCUCAAAAUUUAGGAGAGAAUCAGAGAAUCGAAGUGCAGAGAGAAAUAUGAGCAUUUAUACAAAUAUUUACAAAAAAUUAUCCAAAACACCUGAAGUGUCUCAAGAGCGAAAAUAAUAUUCAUAAGAAACAAGCCAAGAGUACACAUCAUAUCGAUUUGACUCUGCUGAAGUCAAAAAGCAUCAAAUUAGCCAAAGAUAAGCUCGCAGCAAAUCAAAAUGAUGUAGAAAGUCCUUCCAAAGAGUUACCCCAAUUUACAAGCUCACUUCCUCUUCUCCGAAAAACUUAUAAAUCAAAUAUCUCAGUUGGUGCUACUUGAACCCUUCCACAGCCAAUAAGAAACUCUGAGAGCUCUCAAAAGGAUUCUAAAUAUCUAAAGGAAGAUUCUAGACCUCAUAUUUCAGAAGAAAUGCAAGCAAAAGGUGAAGGAGAUACACCUAAAUUCCAAAAACAGCUUCUCUUCGGGUCAAGGUUAAGAAACGGGUCAGUUCAACUUCUAAACAGCAAGGAGUAUAAUAAAAUUCUACAACCUCAUAAUAGAAACAUGAGUCUAGAUGAAAGCUCCUCAAUUGUCGAUGAUUUCAAAAUUGCUAAAAGUAUUGACUCUGUUCAGGGAAAUGAUGACUGAAAUUCAAUAACAGAAAAAUAUAACAGCAUAAAAGGGGUUAAUGUCAUGACCACCGUAGAUCUUUCACGCAGAAAUCACUCUUGCAGCCCCAAACAAGGAAUAUCAAUCGAAAGAAGUAUUUUUGAGCCUAAUAACGACAAUAUUGAACUGACCAAUAACUUUGAAGAGGAUAAAGAAAAAAGUGACUACUUUGGAGACACAACGAAGAAAUCAGCCCAACCUGCUUGAAACCAUAAUCCUCACAUGAAAAUCUUAGAAGAAACCUCGAUGAAUCGUAAGCCUUCAAAAUCAAAGAAGAAAAAGAGAAAGUCAAGGCAGCAUACAAGAUAUCUGUCUAAACAAAUGCUGGGAAAUCGGACUAAAAGAUCAAAAUCAAAUUCUAGGUCUGAUAUUUCCCAAGAAUGUAGCCCCUUAAGAGGGUCUAAGUACUAUAACUGUAGAUUUAAAGGAAUUUCCAGUAUCUCUACUUACAUUGGCUGUACCAUUCAUGAAUAUAAGCUUCCAAGAGAUGGCAGAUGCAAGAAAUGCAAAGGCUUUGCAAUCCAUAAAAGCAAAUUCUACAAAGGCAAGUUUGUUAUCCAACAUGUCAAAACCAACAGAUACCUCAAAUGAAUAGCAUUUGGAGUGAUUGCCAAGCUCAUAGGCAUUAAGCCUGAAGAUUAUGAACCCUCAAUGCUGAUGGACAUUCGAGAUAAGUUGAUCACUGAGAAGGAAAAUAAUUGCUCAAAGCCUUACUAUUGCCUUAAGCUGAUCCAGCCUCUAGCCGAUAAAGAAGAAUAUAUCAUUGCUAACGUUAAGAAUUAA